AUGCCUGAAAACGCAACUCUGCUUCAGGGGUUUGAGUGGAACUGUCCCGCAGAUGGCAAGCACUAUCAGCGCCUACUCAAGGCUCUUCCCAAUCUCAAAGCAUGCGGUAUAGACAACGUCUGGCUGCCACCAGGCUGCAAAGCGAGCAGUCCUGAAGGCAACGGUUACAAUGUCUAUGAUCUGUUUGAUCUCGGAGAGUUCGAUCAAAAGGGUGGUGUUCGAACGAAAUGGGGCACCAAGGAAGAAUUGCUCAAACUCGCCAAAAAGGCAGAAGAGCUAGGUAUGGGACUUUAUUGGGACGCCGUGCUCAAUCACAAAGUUGGUGCAGAUAAAAAGGAGAAGGCGCAUGCGGUCGAAGUGGACGACAAUGAUAGGAACAAGGAAGUCUCAGAUGCGUACGAGAUUAACGCUUGGCUUGGGUUUGAUUUUCCCGGACGAGGAGACAAGUACAGCAAGAUGAAGUACCACUGGUAUCAUUUCUCGGGAACGGACUACAACGCUGCGAACGAGAAGAAAGCAAUUUACAAGAUCCAGGGAGAAGGUAAGAGCUGGAGCGAGAGCGUCGACGACGAGCAAGGAAAUGCCGAUUUCAUGAUGUUUGCCGAUAUCGACUACAGCCAUCCGGAGGUGCAGGAAGAUGUCAAGAAUUGGGGCGAGUGGAUUGUCAAGGAAGUCGGACCGGCGCUAAAAGGAUUCCGCUUGGAUGCCGUGCAGCAUUUCUCCGAAAGGUUCACGAACGAGUGGGUGCAAUAUGUGCGGGAAAAGUGCGGAGAUCAGAUCUUCAUGGUUGGAGAGUCCUGGGUGGGAGACGUCGAGACCAUGACCAAAUGGCUGGACGCCAUGCACAGGAAGUUCUCGUUGUUCGAUGCACCGCUUCUCUACAACUUCUCGAGACUGAGCACGACGGAAGAGGCAGAUCUGCGGACUGUCUUUGACGGGACGUUGGUGAAGGCGGAGCCUGUGAACGCUGUUACGGUGGUCAUGAAUCACGACACUCAGCCUGGACAGACAAUGGACACAAAGAUCGAAGGUUUCUUCAAGCCUUUGGCAUACGCCUUGAUUCUGCUACAAGAUGCCGGAUAUCCUUGUCUGUUCUACGGCGAUCUGUACGGUAUCAAAGGCGACAACCCCGAACCGCCAUCUUGUGGGAACAAAGUCCCAGAUAUCACAUUGGCGCGAAAGCUAUACGCCUAUGGUCAGCAAGAUGAGUACCUGGACAAUGCUACAUGCAUUGGGUUUACUCGUCGAGGCAACGAAGAGCACCCGGACGGUGUCGCUUGCGUCAUGUCCAACGCCGGCCCAGGUGAGGUCAGGAUGGCUGUGGGAGAGCUACACAAAGGCGAGGUCUGGACAGAUGUGCUUGGAUGGGAGCAAGGAGAGGUCACCAUCGAUGACGAGGGAUAUGGCUUGUUCAAAUGUCCUGGCACCAGCGUGGCGAUUUGGGUCAAGAAGGACGCUGAGGGUAGAGAUCGAUUUCCAGUGGACUUCGACAACGACAUCUAUGCUGAUGGUGAGUGA